CACGGACACACACUGAAGCAGAGAGCUGAAGGAUGGGCGGCUUCAUCUCCCAGAUGUUCUCCAGGUUCUCCUCCAGAACCCCGGUCAGGAUCCUGAUGGUUGGUCUGGAUGCUGCUGGUAAAACCACGCUGCUGUACAGACUGAAGCUGGCUGAGGUCGUCACCACCAUCCCCACCAUCGGCUUUAACGUGGAGACGGUGGACUAUAAGAACAUCAGCUUCACCGUUUGGGACGUUGGUGGUCAGACCAUCAUCAGGCCUCUGUGGAGACAUUACUACGUGAACACGCAGGGUUUGAUCUUUGUGGUGGACAGCAGCGACUCUGAGAGGAUCAAAGAGGCUGCAGACGAGCUGCACCAGAUGUUGGAGGAGGAUGAGCUGAGGGGCGUGGCCUUACUGGUUUUUGCCAACAAACAGGAUAUGCCCAGAGCCAUGUCAGUCAGUGACAUCACCGAGGCCCUCAGCCUAUCAGGAGUCUCUCAGCCGUGGUCUGUUCAGUCGUCCUGUGCCAUCAGUGGUUCUGGGCUGGUCGAAGGGCUGGACUGGCUCUCCAAUCAGAUCCUGAAACAGUGAAAACAGGCGUGAUGCUGAGCUCUUCUUCUUACCUGGUUUCCUCCUGAAGGCGGUGAAUCCAGACUGGACCUGCUCAGUUCACCUCAUUCACAGAAACACUUCCUGUUGAUCCCUCUGCCCAGGGUGUUUCACGUUCUGGUUGUUUUAGACGAACCAAAAAAGACACAGUGAAAAGUCGCUG